AUGGACACCUCUCAGUAUAUACAAUCUUGCAAUCCAGCUCGGUUUGUGAUUACUUGUUCAUUACUGAUCUUUUCAAUUCUAUUUGCAUUACGUAUUGAUGAAUAUAUUAAAAUUAGUUACUGGCUUGUCUUUUUGCCAUUAUUCAUAUGGAAAAUGCUUGUUGUAUUUGGUGCUUGUACAGGAGUUUUUGUCUGGUGUAAAAGUGGUGAAAGAAAUAGAUUUAUUCGUACGCCAGAUAAUGAUUGUCGAGCAUUGAUCAUUUAUUUUGUUAUACAUAUUCUUAUAUUUACAUUUGAAUUACUUUCAUGUGACAAGCUAGAAAAUCAUUUAGAUACUCGCUGGAUUAUAUGUUUUAUUCCAUUACUUUUAUGUACAGUUGUUUGUUUUAUAUCAUGUUUAUGGUCAUUAAAAGCACAAAGAAAUUUUCUGAUUCAAACGUUCAUUGCAGCUAAUGGACUAUUCUUUUUAUUUUUUCCACUUCGUCUAGAUUAUUUUCUUACCUGGCGAUAUGUUGUCGUCUUCAUUCCAGUAUGGAUUUCUUUAUGUAUUGCUUUAUUAUUCGUGAUUACAAAAUUAAUUCUUGCUAUUGUUCAUCGAUGUUCUCGUCGAUUAGUAUCUACUCAACGUGAUGCAACUACUGUUGCAGAAGCAAUUAUCUAUACACUUAUCUUCGUUCCAUUCAGCAUUUUUUCAGUAGGUUUAUUAAAAUUUGAAUCUCUGCAAAAACGAAUAAAUUUGAUUUUAUUAAAGAUCUUAUUGGUGGAUCGACUUGAUAAUGAAGAUACUACUCAAAAUGGAAAAACUUCAUACAGUGUAAUAUCUAUUCCAUUAUAUAUAACAUUAAUUGCUUGGCUUACAUUUUCAUUUGGAGCUACUGAUAGUAAUCCAUGGUGGUUUGGUCUUCGACGUGAUUUAUGUGAAAUUAUUCUUGGUCAAUGUCCAUUUGUAUCACUUUAUUUUAAUAAUCAAUAUAAAUUUCAAACACGUCCAUCAACAAAUGAUGUUGUUAUUGAUAUGACAACAUCAACAAUUGAAAAAAAUAUCGAACCAUUUAAUAUACAACAAUUUUCAUUAACAACAACAGAAACGAACAACGAAAAGAAUCUCAUUGCACAACAUCAAUUUAUGUCGCUUUUAGAACCUGAUUAA